GGUUAAAACGUAACUUAGUUUCAUUUAUUCAAGCUACUUUGUUUGUUGACUCACAAAAACUACUGCUAUAAAUCACUAUUUGCAUAUUAGCCAUGACCUGUCAAUGAUACAAUAUAUCACACAAAGUUUAAUGCUAGUGUGUUUGGUGUGUUGCAGUGUGUACAGCCUUGAAAUCCAGUCAGAAACAACAUAUUCACUAUGAUUACAGCAGAUCUGGACAGUGUCCAGCACGACCAACAUACCCUUUGUGCUCUGAUGAGGAGAUGGAGGAUAAAUGUCCAUCUGGGUGUCGACUGGAGGGUCUUAUUAUUGUGGCAGAUGAAGAUAUUUAUAAACGUCUGAGAAAGACUUGUGAAAAGAUUCAACAACAUCAGGAUGCCAUUUCAUUAGUGAUGCAAAAGAGUGUCAAGUUUUAUGAGUGUCAAAGGAAAACUAUCGUCCAAACUUAUAUGCAAGAGCUCAGAUAUGCUGAAUUUGCUGAAGAUAUUCACAAAAACCUCACGUUCCUGCACAAGAGGUCUGCAGAACUUGCUAAAGACUUACGGAAAUAUCACUACAUGAUCUGGGAUCAGAUAAAUCAACUCCGUCGAAUUGAGGUGGACAUUGACAUCAAAAUUCGUGCAUGCAAAGGAUCAUGCAAGCAAACCUUUGUCCAUGCUAUUGAUAACGAAGCCUACAAAGCGAUGGAGAGCAAAAUGAAGCAGUUCAGCAUUAUCUCCAAGAGGCGAAAAGCAUUCUCCAGACCUCAAAAACUAAAACUUCAGCCGGUUGAUCGGCCCACAGUGUCUCAAACUUACAGGAAAAUCCCCAUUUUUCGCACUGAGCUCCUUACAAAGUUUGAAGACAUUGAGCAGAAUCAGAUGGUUUUAGAUGAACUCCUAGAAGAUAUUUAAUCAUAUUUAUGUCCAUCAGUGAGUGAAGUGGAGCAAAACCUUUCAUUAAAGUUGUCCUACAUC